ACAGUCAGAGGCAAAAGCAGAUUCAGACGGCUUCUAGUGCCUCGAUCGGUAUGCUAUUUUAUGCCAUACUGUAGACUCGAGAUUGCUCAAAAGUUUCUUCCCUUUUUCAAGCGAAAGCUAUGAAACUAUGAUGUUUGUAAAUAAGUCCUUUGUAGUACGAUGAUAAAUUUAGAUUUUAAUGACGUCAUAUGACACGCCCAUUUCGGCGGGAAGUUUCAGAUAAAGCCCUGGCUGACAGCUGGAGGACAGCUUUUAAGCUAUUUCAGAAUGCAGAGCUCCCUAGAAGAAUCAGCUGUUGAGUACCUGGACAGAUCAGGAGCUCUACAGAAGCUCAUCCAGGAUUGUCGGACCCGAGCAGAGAUCGAGAGUCACCAGGACAAACCCAGCGCAGUGUUCCGCUUCGUCCUGACUGUCGAUCCUAUGGAUCUGGUGAACUUUGACUCCACUCUGGGAAACCUGGUCCUCCAUUAUCCUCUGGAUGCUGGGAGAAUCUUCCAGGAUGUCGUGUACUUGUCUAUAAAAGCAUUGGACCUGAUACCACAGGUGGAGUCUCGUAAUCAGAUCCUGGUCCACCUUUCCAUCCCAACCCUUCCCCCCCUCCCAUCUUACUCACUCCACCUCAGGGACUUGUCAUGUCAGGCAGUGGAGCAGAGGUACUUCCAAUUUGAGGGUAUAGUGAGUUCCAUGACCAAUGUGAUCCAGUACACCCAGAGUGCGCGGUACCAGUGCCCUGAGUCAGGAUGUGUGGGUUCAGAACCCUACACCUACAUCAGACUACACACUGCAGGGGCUAGUGAGUCCAGGACUAUCAGACCAGACUUUCAGUGCCAUCACUGUGGGAACAUUCUUGAGGAGGACGUCUCAUGUCGAGUCUUAGCAGAUAAGAGAGUUUUGUACUGGAUUCCUACAAUAGACAGAUGCAGGGGAGAUAUUACCAUUUCCAUUGAGGCAAACUCUAUAGUAAAACAGGUUGUUCAGCCAUCACCCUCUGUAGCCCUCCCUGACAGUGUGACAAGGCUCUACCAGGAUAGACUGGGCUCUCCUUACAGCUUUGCAGCCAGUCUAGCCUUUGCAUUUGCAUCAUCAGUGAGCCCACCAGGUACCUACCACAAGCUGAAACUGAGCAUGCUGCUAAGCCUGGUGUCAACUCAGGCCAAUAACAAGAUGAAAGAGACUAAAGACAGUGGAGGUCUCCAUGUGAUGGCAGUUGGCAGUGAUACCCUCCUACUCUCCAGGCUGCUGACAUACUGUGCAGCCAUGUCAUCACCAUGUGUUCAUCACACUGUUGACAAGCACCUCUUUGCAAAGGUUACUAAAGACACCCAUGGCACAGGGACUUGCAGCAUCGAUGCAGGUUCCCUCCUCCUCAGCCACGGAGGAUGCUGUUUCCUAGGAGACCUGGGACAGGUGAAGCGAGAUGUCCAGUCCAGUCUGCAGGGGGUCAUGGAGAAGGACGUUGUCACUGUGCAGAUACCCAAGAAGUAUGGAGACAGCGGGGUACUUCAGAGCUUGGACCUGCCCAUCAGGUGCAGCAUCUGGGCCUACACAGACCCAAACAGCUGCAGGAAACCAGCUGCAACGGCAGGUGCAGACCUCUUCCUCCAGCAGGAACUAGGCAAUGUGUCCAAGACCCUGGCCGACUGCUUCAGUCUGGUGUGUUACACUGACAGCACCAGUGAGACAGGAGACAUGUAUGCUGACAGCCUGCUUGUUGAAGACAUACUGAACUGUGCAACGCUUAAAGAAGAAGACCUGGAGAAUGUUGGUGAACUUCUCAGUGCAAAGGAUAUAAAACAGUUUCUCCAGGUAGCGUGUUGCCUCCAUCCCCAGCUGACCCCCCCUGCUGAGUACCUACUCCAGGGGUACUUCAUCUCCUCCCGCAGACUCAGGUCCAACAGCAUACAGAGCUGCCCCUUCCCUCCCACAGCUCUCAGGACUCUCACUUCUGUAGCUUGUGCUCAUGCAAAACUGAGCCUGAGGACGUAUGUGGCAGAAGAGGAUGCUCUGGUGUCCAUCUCCCUGUUUGAAGAGUCUGUUACCUCCAGAUACGGGUACUCCAUCCUGGGGGUACAGCCCACACCUCACUUCAGACAUGGCAACAUUGUACAGUACCUGGGGAAGGAAAAUGACACCCAGAUGGAACAGUUCCACCUGCAGUUGCUCCGCCUGAUCUCCAGCCAUGCCCAGGACCUCACUAUCAGGCAGCCGGAGGAGUGAGGUGGACUGGGGACAACAACAUCAUUGGAGUGUGGUGAAAGGUUUA